UCCAAUUAGUUUGGUUCAAACCUUGAUCACGACUACCCUGGUCAGGGUAGCUUCAUAGAAUUGAAUUCUUGAUUUUGGCUUCGAAUUCAGAUUGAAGAGAUUGAAUCGAACCCAAUUGUCAACGACUUUAAAUCCACCCAAUUUGAUCCACCAACUACCAAGCUUUUACCUGCAUCAUUUCAAAAUCUCUUCUCGUCAAUUUUAGACAGCUCGCAAAGUCGACCUGCAACUUCUCCCUUUCUUCUCUCCUUGGACUAGCUCAUCGGAAGUCAACGGAAAUGGAUGGGCUUGCUCCGGUGCCGGCCGGCGGGGGCGGCGGUGGUCCGGCUCCGUUCCUUAUCAAGACGUAUGACAUGGUGGACGACUCGGGCACCGAUGAAAUCGUACAGUGGUCCGAGAACGGCAACAGCUUCGUGGUUUGGAACCCUCCGGAAUUCGCGCGGCUUCUCCUCCCUACCUACUUCAAGCACAACAACUUCUCCAGUUUCAUACGUCAGCUCAACACCUAUGGUUUUCGGAAGAUUGAUCCUGAAAGAUGGGAAUUUGCAAAUGAAGAAUUUCUGAGAGGCCAAAAGCAUCUCCUUAAGAACAUUCACCGCAGAAAACCUAUUCACAGUCAUAGUCAUCCUCCAGGUUCCACAGUAGAUCCAGAAAGAGCUGCAUUUGAGGAAGAAAUCGAUAAGCUUUCUCGUGAGAAGAGUAAUCUCGAGGCCAACAUCUCAACAUUCAUACUGCAACAGUCCACCGCAAAACAGCAGCUCGAAGAACUAACGCAGCGGGUUGGUAAUAUGGAGCAAAGGCAAGAGAAUUUGUUGGCAUGUUUCAAAAAGGCCAUCCGUAAUCCCGAUUUUGUUGAACGUCUUGCUCAAAAGCUAGAAUCCAUGGAUUUUUCAGCUUAUACUAAGAAAAGAAGAUUGCCUCAAGUUGAAAAUUCCCAACCAGUUGAAGAGACUAUCCUGGUAGACAACCAUAGCAGCUCUAGACCUGAGUUUGGUAACCUAUGCCACCAAGAUUUCUCAAAUAAGCUGAGGCUAGAGUUAUCUCCAGCUGUUUCAGAUGUUAAUUUGCUUUCUCAUAGCACUCAAAGCUCAAACGAAGACGGGGGUAGUCCCCUCAGGAGAUUAUCUGAAGGAUGGCCGAAUGAUUUGCAAAUGAGAACUGCUGAUGUUCUAUAUGCUCCAGAGACAGUCGAGCUUUCAGAUACAGGAACAUCAUUUACCUUGAAGAUGGAUUCUCCUUUGACCGGUAAAGCAAGUGGUGUCACAAGUCCGAGACUCAACUCGUUUCAACAUACCUUGACUGCUAAUGAGGAAGUCGAUGGGCAAAUGUCCUGUCAAUUGAAUCUUACUCUAGCUUCUUCUACACUGCAAGUUGACUCUAACCCACAUUCAGCCAGAAUGCCACAAAUGGGCGAUAUGAUUAGAUGUUCAGAAUCAAGAUCCAACAUUGAUGGCAAUGUAGCAGAUCAUAGCAUUCCACAGAAGACCAGAAACCCUUCUAUAGAUAAUGCCAAUUUGUCUUCUGCUCACAAUGCAUCAAAUAACAAGCAAGGGUCUGCCACACCUCCGGCCCGAGUGAAUGACGUGUUCUGGGAGCAAUUCCUGACAGAAAGGCCAGGUUGCUCUGAUAAUGAAGAGGCGAGCUCUGGUAUCCGAGCAGGUUCAUAUGAUGAGCAAGAAGAUAGAAGAUCAAAUCAGGGAAUAGCUCGAAACACAAGCAGCAUGGAUAAACUUACUCUCUAAGGUCGAGAUUCUUCCCCCUUUUUCCAUCGCUCUUCAAUUUAUAGCUUGUAAAACUAAUUUCAGUCAACUUGCAAAGAUUUACAAGCAUUUUCGUCCAAUGGUUUAUAUCAUUGUACAUUAGCUGCUCAAAACCGUGAAUAGGGGCUGACCAUUUGUACAUAUAUUAAUAUUUGUUCCCCAAAACAUUAGGUGAAGCUUGAUGGGAGAUGAUUAUUUAUCCUAUUUUUGUUCUUUUA